CAGCAGGUCUUUGCUGUAUUCGGGGCUAAUGACGGCCAAUCUCGUGGUGUGAGUUUUCGAGAUGGCAGUUCCUCUUGAAACUAAACUUGGUGUACAGCCUGGCCCAGCCGAACAGUUGAGUUUGCUUCUGAUUGCCCAAGCGUCGACGCCUCAACUGAACGGGCCAAUGUAACUUGCAGUUCCCGGCAGCCGAUGACUUUUUCCGCCUGUGCGUCUUUGUUCAGCCCGUCCCUUCAUAAAAAGUCCAACUCUGUUUUUUUCUGACCCGUCCUGUCCAUGUUUAGUAACGCCCGAACUGACAUAAUGGGUGUGCACACUGCAUCGGGCUGCAUAUUGUGCAGGUCUAUUGCAUGUACCUAUUUAGGGGCGUCGUAAAUAGAACGAAAUCAAUAAAUAUGCAUCGUCCGUCUCCUAGCCCUCUCCAGCCCGCUCGUUCACUCACUCCCUCUCGUUUCUUCUCUCUUUUUGCCACUCUUGGUUUAGGCUUGUGGCUGUCGCUUAUCUCUCUUCCAAGAUGAAGUCUUUCUACAACUUGGCUUUGUGCCUUGGUGCCUUGUUCAAUGCAGCCACUGCCAUCCCACCAGAGCAGCAGGGACAACAGCCUGGAAAGUUCGCAGCUGCUCCCCCAGUUGGUUCAAACCCCAUUGACCGCAAGGGAUGGACUGUCAAGUGUUCCAGCCAGGCCUCAAAUUACCCCUGUGGUAGAGCCAUCGAUGGUGACAAGAACACCUUCUGGCAGACUCCCUAUGGCACAACCAACACGCCGCCUCCUCACACCAUCACCAUUGACAUGAAGCAGACUCAGUAUGUCAGCGGUCUCCAAAUUACACCUCGCCAAGACGGCAACACCCGUAACUGGAUUGGUCGCCAUGAAGUCUACCUCAGCUCUGACGGUACCAACUGGGGAAAGCCCGUUGCCUUUGGAACUUACUGGGGAGACAAGUACCCCUGGAUCACAAACUUUGAGACUCAGCCUGCUCGCUAUCUUCGCUUUGUUGCUCUUUCUAACGUGAACCCCGACUAUCCUUGGAUUGCUAUUGCCGACUUUGUUGUCUACAACGCUCUCAAGUACAGCCCUCCUGCUAAGGGCCUUGGAAAGUGGGGUCCUACUCUUGACUUCCCCGUCAUUCCCGUCGCUGGUGCCGUUGAGCCUGUCUCCGGAAAGGUCGUCAUCUGGUCUGCUUACCGAUAUGAUGCUUUCCAAGGCACCACUCCCCGUGGUGGCUUCACUCUCACUUCUAUCUGGGACCCCAAGACCAACGUCAUCUCCAACCGCAAUGUUUCCAACAACCAUCACGACAUGUUCUGCCCUGGUAUUUCCAUGGACGGUGAGGGACAAAUUGUCGUCACUGGUGGCAACGAUGCCAAGAAGACUACCAUUCUCAUGCCUGAUGGUAACUGGGUUCCUGGCCCUGACAUGCAGAUUGCUCGUGGUUACCAAUCAUCUGCUACUUGCUCUGACGGCCGCGUUUUCACCAUCGGUGGCUCAUGGAGCGGUCCCCGUGGCGGCAAGAACGGUGAAAUCUACGACCCCAAGGCCAAGACCUGGACCUCCCUUCCCAAGUGUCUCGUCGGCCCUAUGCUCACCAAGGACAAGGAGGGUGUCUACAAGGCUGACAACCACGCCUGGCUCUUUGGCUGGAAGAAGAACAGUGUUUUCCAGGCUGGACCCAGCACAGCCAUGAACUGGUACUACACCACUAGGGGAACUCAGGGUGACACCAAGGCUGCUGGUACUCGACGAAAGAACGGCAGAAUUGACCCUGACUCCAUGAACGGCAAUGUUGCCAUGUAUGAUGCCCUCAAUGGCAAGAUUCUCACCUUUGGCGGUGCUACCAGCUACCAGCAGGCUCCUGCCACAGCCAACGCUCACGUUCUCACCAUUGACGAACCCGGUGCUAUCGCCCAGACCGCCCUCGUUGGAAACAACGGUGCUGGCAUUCACGCUCGUGUCUUCGCUACCUCUGUCAUCCUCCCUGACGGAAACGUCUUCAUCACUGGCGGUCAAUCCUACUCCGACCCCUUCACCGACACCAACGCUCAGCUCGAGCCCGAGAUGUUCAUUUCCUCCUCCAACACAUUCACUAAGCAACAAACCAACACUAUUCCCCGCACGUAUCACAGUAUGUCUCUGCUGCUGCCAGAUGCUACUGUCUUCAACGGUGGCGGUGGUCUUUGCGGUGGCUGCAAGACCAACCACUUUGACGCUCAGAUCUUCACCCCUCAGUAUCUUCUCGAUGGCAACGGCAACCUUGCUACCCGCCCCAAGAUCACUGCUGUUUCGGCAACUACUGCCAAGGUCGGCAGCACCAUCACCGUCACUGCCAACAGCGCCAUUAAGAGCGCCUCGCUCAUCCGAUACGGAACUGCGACACAUGUUGUCAACACUGAUCAGCGCCGCAUUCCUUUGGCCUUGACAGGUGCUGGUACCAACAAGUACUCUUUCAAGAUCCCUAAUGAUUCUGGUAUUGCCCUCCCUGGCUACUGGAUGCUCUUCGUCCUCAACAACGCUGGUGUUCCCAGCAUUGCCAGCACCAUUAAGGUCACUAUCUGAUCUAACGCCUACAUUGCGAUAAAAUGAUUUCUUUGCAUUUAUAAUACUAGCGAGGAUAGUACAAGUAUCCUGAUUCAUUAUGUAUAUACUUUGAUACCAAUUGCAGUUGGAUAUAUUGACACAGACGUCACGCUACUAUCUAAUACAAAUUUCUUGCAUCAA